AUGGCGCUGAUCCCCUCGCAGGUCCUCCGGGUCGCCAUCCUGCUGUCUUACUUCUCCAUCCUCUGUCAUUACAAAGCCUUAGACAUGCCGGCUCACCAGACCUACGGGGGCAGCUGGAAGUUCCUCACCUUCAUAGACCUGGUAAGCUUUUUUUGGAGCUUUAUUUGAACCUGAAUAUAGCGGGGAGUGAGCUGCAGGCUGAGCCUCGUGUUGUGAUCGUGUUUGAACCAUUAUUCAGCGUUUCUGCACCCCCUCCUCUUUUUCGGUCUCUGUCUGCUCCUCAUCGACCCUUUUUGAGAAAUAAGGAGCUGAAAUGACACUCAUGAACCUUGGACUGUGUCUGCAGUCCGGUCUGGAAGCUCCGACCUGGUUUUCUGCUCAACACGGUACAGAGGGUGAACCGGAACAGGUGUUGUGGUGCGGAAUGCUCCCCUGUUACAAACGGUGUCCUCACGCGGGAAUGCGCCGCGUGCCCACUAUUGAUUGUGAAAUGCGCUGAGUUUAUGGUGAAGGAUUUUCAAAAUGAUUUCAUAGUUCACUGAAAUGUAUUGGUUUGAAGUCAGGCUGUAGCAAAAAAAUCUUCAAAGGAUAAAAUGAUUCAAAUAUUCACUAAACACGAAUAAACAAGUAAAAAAAAGAAAAAGCAAACAAACAAAAAUACUGAGAAAAUAAUAGAAAAACAGGCAGAAAACAAACAAGCAAAAAAGCAGAAAAAAACAAUAGAAAAACAAACAAAAAAGGAAAGCAGAAAAAAACAAUAGAAAAAUAGGCAGAAAAACAAACAAAAAAGCAGAAAAAAAUAGGAAAACAGGCAGAAAAACAAACAAACAAAAAAGCAGAAAAACAACAGUAAAACAGACAGAAAAACAAACAAACAAGCAAACAAAAAAGCAGAGAAAACAACAGACACACAGGGAGAAAAACAAACAAACAAAAAAGCAGAGAAAACAACAGAAAAAUAGGUGGAAAAACAAACAAUCAAAAAAGCAGAAAAACAAUAGAAAAACAGACAGAAAUUGUAUUUUAGUCUGAUUUUUGAUAACCUCACUGGCUUUGACCGAACUCUUGUCCUCUGAGCCUGUCCUAGUGAUGCAUAAUAACUCUAAUCCCCUCUCGUCAAGAUUUUACCAUCACAUCAACCACAAAUAACAUACAUUCUUUUCUGUUUUUUAAAUUAUGUUUUUUAUUUUUAUUUUUUUCCUUGUAAGGCGUCUUUGAGCUCCUGUAAAAGCACAUUAUAAAUAAAAUUUAUUAUUAUUAUUAUUCUUCACAGCACAACAAUCACUACCCUCCUUCUCUUCCUCCUCCUCCUCUGCGCAUCCUCUUCCUCUUCAUUUUCUUCUCUCUUUAUCCAUUAGGUGUAUUUUAAACAGCCGCUCACUAGUUUGUUAUGAGCUACUCAACCAGCCAACUGAUCAGACUUUUUUUAUAAAGAAAUUUCCAUACAACCAUACUGAAGCGCAGAGUGCUUUACAAACACAAAUAUGACAAAUAAAGUAAGAUAAUCCUCCUCCCAACCACGAUAGGAAAAUUACCUGUAAUACUACUAAUAAUAUCAAACCGUUUAGGAGUCACAAAAAUAAACAGAAAUGUAAAAUAAAUACAUAAUAAAAAGACUUAUAAGAUAAAUUAAAGUUAAUAGUGCCACCCUCAGGUCUUCAGCUCAUCUGAUCCUAAGCUGAGCUGCCAAGUCCUAAACAGAGUCUGUUAAAGCCUUUGGUUGGUAAAGGUUUUACAGUUAAUAUCAGGUAAAAUCUUCUAUUAUGAGGCCAGUGUCUCCACCUGUGUCAGGUGAUCUGACUGUCUCUGCGCUCUGGAACCUGAUCAAUGAAACAUCUGAGGUCAUUUAAGUCUUCUCACAGAGACAUUUGACCUACACCUGAGCUCUCACAGUAGAUGGCCUUUUAGGAGCACGAUCUCAAAUAAACACACAGGUGCAGAGGGAAUGAGGCGCUGUGAUUUUAUCCAAAAACAAUCAUUCAGAUGAUUUAAUUAUAAUGUGAACUAUAGAAACAGAGACAGAAGCUCUGAGUACAAUGUGAACUCUAAUAACCUUUGUCUGUUCAAAGCCUCCUCUCUCUGUUUAUGUUACUGCUAAAGCUAACGUGCCAUCUUUGUGGAUAUCUGCUAACAACAUUAACCUCUAACAGAAUAGCCUCUUUUUAGACACAUGAACAGAUUCGUUGUUCAAUUUGACUGCAGGCUUUCUGUGUUUGUGUUCGUGUGUGUGCGUGUGUGUGUGUUGUAGCUCAUCAUUAUAGCAUGAAUGUCUCUAAUUUAAUUUCCCUUCAGCGUUCAGAUCAGUGAGUGUUCAUCCAGCAUCCACGGCCCACAAACUCUGUUAAAAUCAUAGAGUCCAUGUCUGCACUGGACCUUAGUUCUCAAACUUUUUCAAAGGCUCAUUUGUCAGUUAACGUUAGUGUGUUUGUGUGUUCCUGUUAUUCUGGGUCAUAUAUAUUGUAUUUAUAUAUAGUGCAUGUUUACUUAGUCUGUACUGAAGCAGCAGCUACUCUCCCUGAGGUCCUCUCAGAGUUUAAAACCUGAUCUGAGCUCUUUUUUUUUUUACUGCUUUACCAAACCAAACAUGCUUCUGCCAUGUUUAAGUAAUCCUGAUCUGUGAUUUUAAACAAUUUUACAAAAACACUGACAGACUCUGAAACAUCUGGUAAUAACAGCAGCCUAUGCUAUCAGACAUGCCUACACGACACAAUCUUCCACCUGCAGACUGAGUUCAGGUUUAAGGCUCUAAUGCUUCAGGGAUAUUUUUCAGACUGUUUCUGCUCUUCAUUUGUCUACACUGAUGCUCUGGAGGAUGUUACAGUGACUUUGAUGUUCUUCAGUUUUUUGUCCUAAUUUACUGGUUGCUUCUAUCCUCUCUCUCUCUCCUCUGAUACUGAGCUCUGUCUCCCCUCAGAGUCUGUCUCUCAGCAGAGUCUGUCAUGAGAAAACAUGUCAUUAAAGUGCCCCAUGGUCUCUCUGCAGGUGAUCCAGGCCGUGUUCUUCGGGCUCUGUGUCCUGAUCGAUGUGUCCUGUCUGCUGACUAAAGGCAGCGACAGCAGGGAGCAGGAGAGGCAGCUGAAGAAGCUGAUCGGCCUGAGGGACUGGAUGCUGGCGGUGUUGGCCUUCCCCGUGGGAGCUGUGAGUAGAUGGAUACACACACACACACACACACACACACACUGACAGGAUGCAGUGCUCUCUCUGAACCUAGGUCCAGCUCUGGUCCAGGAGGCUUUCUGCUCUGUUAGAGGUCUGUAAACAUUUCUGAGCCUAGCAUGUGGAAGUCACGAGCACAAACAGAGCUUCAUUUAGAUUUCAGCAGAACAGAGGAAACCUUGUCCACCUCUGAACUUAGUGAGUCUUCAUCCAAGUGUUCAAAUCUUCAUAGUAAAGUGUGUUUAUAUUUUGGUAUGUGUCUCAUCCAUUUCUCAUUUUCAGUCUGCAAUGCUGUCCUUAAAAACCGGCACCCUGAAAUAGUCUCUGCUCCUACUCCGCUUUUCUCUGCUAAUACUCAGACUGUCUCAUACUCUCACAUCUGCACAUUCAAACCAGAUUCUCUAAACUCUCCAGGCUUCUGCUCUGCUGCAGGGUUUUGAAUGCAAAAACGUGGACAUGAUUCUUAAAACUGUAUUCUUCAGGUGUCUUGAAUGGGGCCAUAUCUUGGUUCUAAACAUGCACCGAUAAAUCGUCCGGCUGGUGGAUCUGCGGGGGGAUCGGUGAUCGGCUGAUCCUUACAUAUGAAACCGAUUUUAUCCACCGAUCUUGCCUACCUCAGCAUAGGUCUGAAGUCAGCCGUUGUUGCUUUUUGCUUUGCCAGAAUUACAGGCCCACCCACCAGGUCAUGUGUGCAAGCACGUGUGCGUCAGCGCCAGCGGCACACACAACAGUCAUUCGCAGCAUGACCAACGAAGCAUGUUGAACCCACUACAAGGAAACCUAAAACUCAGGACAGUUUAUUGGUGUUUUAAGUUGUGUUGUUAGUUUCUCCUGUAAAUAAUUAUUUUACUUACUUCCUCAAACCUUUUGAUUUCCUUUUUUUUUUGUAAAAGCAAAAUGCCGCUGUGCACUUUAAUAUGGUAAGAGGCUCAAAACAGGCCUGCAGUGUGACCUGUUGUGCAAGUAUUGGUAAUUUUACAAUGUGGUAAUAAAAGACUAAAAGAAGGAACUGAUUUUUAGUAGUUUGGACAGCAAUAUUUUAAACUUUUUAUUUAUAUUUGAGAAAACUACCUCAUGUGCAGUUAAAACAAACAAAAUGUUCGUAUUGUUUCAGAAGUAUUGUUAAAUGUUUUUCAUUAAAAUAAGAUUGGGGCAUCGAAGGUGUAUGUUGUCACUGACCGCUGGCUUUGAAAACAGAUUCAUCAAGCUCUUAUUUAGAGCCUUUUUUUGCUGUCUCUCUCUUAUACCUGAUGAAUCAGCUUCAGAAUCAGCAGACGUCAGCCCUGCCAACAGACCUCUGCACAGCUGCUCCUGCUGCUCCCUGCACUGAUGUCAGGAGUCCCUAUCCUGUUUUCAUCGCACUGAAGUAAAUCUGUAAAGCUGUCCUCACAGCUAAUUCAGAGUUUAUUAUCGGUCUUGAAACGUCUCUGCUGGACUAACUAAUUUGUUAUAAUGAUCUAAAGUAAAGUUAAAGGGAUUUUCCGGCGUAAAAUUCAUUUAGGGUCAAACACACUGUAACACUGAGUUAGACACCCCUCAAGAGAUGAAUGUUGCCGACUACUUGCUUCUCUAGUUAUACCAACUUUAGUAAUGACUGCAGGAUAGCCAUACACAACGGUCUGAGGAGCCAUAAACAAACCUCAACCAAAACGCCACUCUAUAGCCACAAAUAAUGCUCAGAACAGCAUCUAACUUCAUCAACAGUACAUACAGGGUCCUAGCCACAGCACUAGCCACCAAACAUCAUUUUAACUUUGACUAAUUUCUUCAGCAAAGAGACUAAACACAACUAACCUACUCUCUUCCAUCAGCCGCUUGUUUGUAGCGAGACCUCAGGCCAGUCCAUUAUGGACUGCAGCGGGGUGACGCAGCUUAAGGAAGAACAUUUAUGAUCAUUUCUCUAUCAUUUCUUUGAGGUAAUAAUCACUAUAUAAAUCAUUUUGCACUGCAGACACAGUAGUUCUUCUGCCUUAGUGUCUCGGUCUGAUUGCAUUUCCAUAAAGAAAUAAUCAUAAAUGUUCUUCCUUGAGCUGUGUCACCCCGCUGCAGUCCAUAAUGGGCUGGCCUGAGGUCUCGCUACAAACAAACAGCUGCUGGAAGAGAGUAGGUGACAACAUUCGGGGGCAACAGGUGGCAACAUUCAUCUCUUAAAGGGGUGCCUAACUUGGUGUUACAGUGUGUUUGACCCUAAAUUAAUUUUAUGCCCUUUAAUAUCCCUUUAAGUGUGUGAAUUAUAUCACACUGUCUCCAAAAGAUCAGCAACAAGCAGUUUGUGCAACGUCAUCCAGAGACCUUGAAAGAGGGGCUAACAGCUGUUCAUUUAUGUCAAACUUUCAAAGCUCAUUUAAAAGUCAGACACAAAAACAACAAAGACGUCAAACAUCAGUAUCAGCUUUAGGCUGAAUUAUUAUUCUUUUAAACCAGCUCUGAUUUGAUGCAUCCAUGCGUCUGUACUCCCCGCUGUUGCUGUAAUAAACCUCCGCUUGUACUCUGAUUCGCUCUGCUUACACUCAGACAUGUUGGAGUUGCAUAAACACAGACUGUAGCUCCUGCUCCCCUCUGCAGCUUCAAAUUCUUGCUCUGGAAAAUUAGAUUUGUAUUUUGUUGAUGCAUCAAACCAGAACCAGUACAGUCCUGGAGUCAUCCUCUAACUGGGCUCUCAGGAACUACUACAGUCUACUGACCUUUAUCAUCAGACAACAUGACUGUAGAGUUACACUGUCAGACUUUGCUCGGCCUCUCCUCUUAGACCUGUUGUUGCACUCAGGUGUUUCUGUUCAUGCUCAGUACUCUGUACACCUGCUCUCAGGUAUAUUAUCACUCCUACAGAUUUCCUGCUCUAGCCUUAGCUCCUCCUCUUGCACAAAAGCUGCAUUCAGGUGUAUCCUCUGCUCUCAGAUUGCUGGGGUGGGGAGUUGGAGGUGCGGUUGUGACACAGGGACCCCGUCUUGGUCUUUUUAUAAGCUCACAAUUCAAAGCCCACUAACUGUCAUUAUAUUGCCACUUUGAAGAGCACCCUGAGACACCGUACACUGAUGUUUUUACCACAGUGUCAACAGAUAGGGGGGUUGUUGUGGUGCAUUUUUGACUUAGGGCAUUUAUUUUACUGUGUUUCUUCAGCAGUAUGACAAAGUUAGGAUUUCAGUAAUAUUUCCAGAGUGCUUUAAACCCCAUACUCUGUCUUUAAAGGGAAUAAGAAGCAUCUGCACCCCGACAGUGGAGUAACUGUGAGGGCAAAUAUGAGGACGUGACCUGACAGCACAGUUGAUCCUCACUAACCUGCUCUUUGUCUUUCUUUCUCUGUAGUUUGUGGUGUUCACCUUCUGGAGUUUGUACCUGUACGACAGAGACCUGGUCUACCCCAGACUACUGGACAACUUCAUCCCUCAGUGGCUCAACCACGGCAUGGUCAGUCUAGUGUAUUUCACUGUUUAAUUUACCUUUACCUGUUGAGAAUGGAUCCAUGAACAGACAGUGAUUUGAUGAUGAUAAUCGUUGUUUAUGGACGUCAUAAUAACACUGAACAGUUAUAAUUAAAAAUGCCCUCAGGGAGCUCCUGAUUAACUGAUGAACAUCAGCACCAACCCUUGUCAUCCUGCAGAGAGAGUGUCUUUGCGAAAAUAAUGAUUAUUAUCCUGUUAAUUCAGUCAGCACUCGCAGAGAGUAUUUAUUUAAAUGGUGAGGAGAAUUCUCCAUAAACCAGGUGACAGGUGGAUUUGGAUUUCUCACAUUAACUUUUCUUAAAUAUAAUUCCUUUUAGAGUAGAAGUGCUUCUGUUUAAUACACUUUUACAUUUUAUUGGACUAUUGUUUCAUUUUUUAACCAAAAACAGCACAAAAAGUUCUUUUUAAGCACAAAAAAGAUCUUUGUAAAGCACAAAAAGUUCCAAAAAAAUCAAUAUUGGAGAGGAGAAGAGGAAAGGAGAGGAGAGAAGAGAGGCAUUGUAACGUGUUCAAAAACUGAUCAUUCCUGUUAAACCACUCAAACAAAAGCUGUAUGUGUUUGUGUGAAUGUAUGUGCGUUUGUGUGUUUUCUUGUCUUGUACUCCAGAGCAUGAUGUAACAGUUGAGCAGUUGCUAUGAUGGCGUCACCAAAACAACUAGAACACCACCAGUAUGCUCGUGCAUGUGUGUGUGCAUGCAUGAGUGUGUGAGCUCAGUAAAUAUUUUGUGGUAUUCCAUGGUAUCACUGAUGUUUGUCUGUGCUGGUUGUCGUGGUAACGGUGUUGGCGUUCCCAUUGGAAGAGGGAGGAACAGAGCGAUCCUGGAUAAAGGAGGAGAGUGUCUAUUUAUUCGGUUCAAGAGCAGAGUUUGUAAAGUGACAGAAUGUUACAGAGUGUUUAACAGAAUCUACAGACCUAAUAUUGAUCACUGCAAUCACCCUGAUCAUUCUGUUCACUGCGAUCACCCAAUAAAAUAUACAGUAAGAUACAGUUUUAAAGGGGUAUUCUGGCGUAAAAUUCAUUUAGGGUCAAACACACUGUAACACUGAGUUAGACACCCCUUAAGAGAUGAGUGUUGCCAACCACUUGCUUCUCUAGUUAUACCAACUUUAGUAACGACUGCAGGAUAGCCGUACACAACGGUCUGAGGAGCCAUGAACAAACCUCAACCAAAACGCCACUCUAUAGCCACAAAUAAUGCUCAGAACAGCACCUAACUUCAUCAACAGUACAUAUAGGGUCCCAGCCACAGUACUAGCCACCAAACAUCUUUUUAACUUUGCCUGAUUUCUUUUGCAAAGAGACUAAACACAACUCACCCUCACUCUUCCAGCAGCGGCUUGUUUGUAUGGAGACCUCAGACGAGCCCAUUACUGACCACAGCGGGGUGACGCAGCUCAAGGAAGAACAUUUAUGAUCAUUUCUUCAUGGAAAUGCAAUCAGACCAAGACACUAAGGCAGAAGAACUACUGCGUCUGCAGUGCAAAAUGAUUAAUAUGGUGAUUAUUACUUCAAGGAAAUGAUAAAUUAAUGAUCAUAAAUGUUCUUGCAGUCGGUGGCUGGAACCCUAUAUGUCCUGUUGAUGAAGUUAGGUGCUGUUAUUUGUGGCUAUAGAGUGGCUUUUUGGUUGAGGUUUGUUUAUGGCUCCUUAGACCGCUGUGUAUUGCUAUCGUGCGGUCAUUACUGAAGUUUGUAUAACUAGAGAAGCAAGCAGUCGGCAACAUUCAUCUCUUGAGGGGGUGUCUAACUCGUUUGACCCUAACUUAAUUUUACGCCGGAAUAUUCCUUUGAUAUAAGAUACAACCCAAUAUAAUAUAGUACAAUAUGAAAUGAUAAAAUAUAAUAUCAGGUGAUGUAAUAUGGAAGGAGAUAUUAUAUUUUACAACUUGACCUGAUUCAUUUUGGCACAUGUUACAUUAUGACAAGAAUAAGAUAUAAUACAGAAUGACAAGUAAUAAUAUCUAAGUAUAUUCUGACAAUAGAGUGUGAUACACUGUGAUAUGAAAUGUUAUGUUUGGUUUGAUACAAUAUAAUCUGUAAUCCUCUUAUUGCAGCUGCAGGUUUGGAUCAUGUGAUAAAACAGGCCCAGAAAUGAUAUCCAAUACUGAUUGAUCAACCAAUCAGAUUUUAUUUAUUUAAAGCUGUGACAUAACCCAAAUUAUCUCUGUUUAAAAAGAGCGGGCUUGGACCCUAAUCUCAGUUAUAAUCAGAGUUUUCUGUGGUGUUUUCUUUGGCAGAGAUUUAUCCUGUUCAAAUCCAGGGCUCACCCUCCACUCCUCAAACAAGUUCCACCUUAUUCUGUUCAGUCAGUGCACUGCUGGUUUUGUGCAGCGCCCACACUAUAGAGACCGGGUAAAGAAAAACACACAGCAGAGAGGGAUUUUACUCCUUUGUGUGUGGAAUAAUGACGAGUUCAGCCAAAGGUCUGAGGAGUGACUCCCAAACACAAAACAAUAUAUCUUUACUUCAUCUCAUUGUCAGAGGUUUACUGUCAGAACCAGAGAUGACUGAGCGGUCUGAAGAAUAACCAUGAGGUCCAGCAGGAGCACUUAGUUUGGGUCUUUUUUACCACUAGAACAAUAACUAACCAGCACAGACAUGUGGACGUUGAACUCCUGCUGUCUCCUGUAGUCUCCUGUAGUCUUAUAUCAUCUCCCGCUAUCUCCUGUCACCUGUUUUCUGGGAAACACUCAGACCGGCUUAUUUGGCUUAUUUUAUGUGUUCUACAUGUGGAGCUAAGGAAACGUGGUCAGGUUUCAGGGUUCAGUUCUCAGCUGCUGUUUUCAGACUUAGUUUUUCAUGCUGUCAGAAAUUUAGCCUGCAGGUUUUAUUUGAACUCCAGGAGUGACCUGGUCAGAUUUCAUUUUGAUUGAGUGUGAUUUUUGAGCAUUAGCCAGCACUCCAAGUUCACAUCUGUCCUCCUGAGAACUAUCUGAAUCUAUUUAUGAUUCUCAGACCUCAGCUUUCCUCGACUUUAGAGGACACUUGAACCCAUGAACUCGCCUUCAGUCAGCUGACCCAACCCACCCCCAGCUGUGUGAAAUAGUACAUCCCAUUUUUAGCCCCAGACCACAGGAUCGAGCCACUGCCGUCUGUUGGAGGGGGUUUCCACAAAAGCUGAAUACUGAAGGCUGAAAGCUGACAGCCUGAGGCUCCAGCAGAACCACAGACCUCAGGGGGGAGAGGAGGGAUGAACACAGGGGGGGUCAGAAAAGAAACAAGGACAGGGAAGACAGAAGGAGGGACGGAAACUACAUUUAAACUCAAUAGAGAGGAAUUCCACAGAUGCAUGCUGGGUAUAAGUGCAGUGUCAGGACUUUUUAUAAAUGUGUGUGUAGAGUGAGAUCGGUCUUUUCUUUGACUUUGAUGAUUUCACACUGAUGCUGUUCAAGGAAGAGAGUGACUUUCUUAAACUUAACCACUCACUGUAAUUAAAUAUCAAAUACAGACUUUAUUUAAACUGAUCAAUAUAAUAUCAAAGAUAGACAGAGGCUUCAGAGGAGCAGUUAGAAAAUCCUGAUCCUGGUAUUUGGUCCUCAUUCUUAACACAUUUAAGGCAAAAGUCAGUGCUCCUUUGAGAUCUUGUAAGUUUAUUUAUACAAGAUUUCAGAAUGUUUAAGUUUCUCAAAAUCUUUCAGCCUUUCAAGAUCUCCUAAAAGUUUCCCAGGAUCACCAAAUGAUUCUUCCAAUCUUGCAAAAGACUUUGGAGAUCCAGUAAGAGGAUGCCAGGAUCCUUCUCAGUCUUUCUAGACCUCAAAAAAGUUUCUCAGAAAGAGGUCCCAGGAUCCCAGGAAAAGUUUGAAGGAUGUCACAAAAGUCUCUGGAUCUUUGGGUUAUUUGAGAGUAAAGAUCAUUCAUCUUGUUUUUGCUCCCCCAAGCUCAGUGAUAGUUCUUAUUUCUAGUUUUAGUUUCUGGGGUCCGAGGAAAACCGAAAAGUGAAUCUAAAUUAUUCUUUGUCCCCUCAGCACACCACUGUCCUUCCGUUUAUCAUCAUCGAGAUGAGGACCACCAACCAUCGAUACCCUAGCAGAUCAUCCGGUCUGGUGGCUGUUUGCUGCUUUGGCAUUGCAUACAUCCUCUGGUACUGAAGGUUUACUUUUUCCCACACACCAUGAAUGCCACACAAACAAGUCACUGAAGAGGAACUUGGUCUUGUACUUAAGAUCAGAAUCCUCCUGUUAUUUUCCAUUUGCAGAUUUAUUGACUCAAAGAUAGAAAAGUUUUGGUUUGAUGGUUUACAGCCUCUGAAUGCACUGUAAUUAUGGCACCUGAAGUUCAGGAUGUUUUUUAUUGCCUGAUAAUAUUAAUAUAAAGAUACCCAAGCAUGAAGAGCUUUUUGUGAGACAGGAAGAGGAUUUAAAAAAAAUAAUAAUACUGAAACCACCUGACAAAUACAGUCAUUUACCUGUUUAACAUCAUCAUGUGAUAUAUGACUGACCCCCCCUCCCCUCAAACUUCCUGUGCCCUCAUUCAAUCAGGACAUGCUGGGUGCACCAGGUGACAGGUGUGUGGGUGUACCCAGUGCUGGAGCGCAUUACCCCGCUGGCUCGAGUUGUCUUCUUUAGCGUUAUGAUGGUGGUAAUCGGUGUUUUCUAUACGCUCGGAGAAAUCCUCAACAGCUACAUCUGGGAGAAACCACACACAGGUAUACACACAAGUAUACACAGAGGUAAACACACAGGUAACAUCACAGAUAUACACUCUUACAACCAUAUGCACGUAUACGCACUGGCUAAUCACAGGUAUACACAAUUUUUUAACCAUAGGCAGGUAUACAUACAGGCACACAUGUAAAAGUAUACACACGAGUAUUCACACUAAGGGAUACACAUGUAUUCCUACAAGUACACAAGCAGGUACAUACACAGGUAAAAACACAGGUAACAUCACAGAUUAACACACUCUGCAUGUAUAUGCACAGGCUAAUCACAGGUAUACACAAUUUUGUAACCAUACGCAGGUAUACAUACAGGCACACACAUAAAGGUAUUCACACAGGUACAUACUGACAGUAUGUACACAAGCAGGUACACAAACAGGUAAACACACAGGUAACAUCACAGGUCGAAACACUCUAAAAACCACAGACAGGUAUACAUGAAGGUAAACAUAAAGUUGUACACACAUCAAUGAAUAUAGGUAUACACAAAGCUAUACAUAGAGGUGUACACAAGCAAUACAAACAGGUACAACACAGGUACACAGAAGUGAACAUACAGCACACACACAGGGAUACUCAUAGGUUAUCACACAGGUAAACUCUGAGGUAUACACACAGGUACACACAAAGGUAUACAUAGAGGUUUACACAAAGAUUUACACACAGGUAUACAUGGAGGUAUAAUCACAAGUACACACAGGUAUACACUGGUAUACACAUUGGUACACACAGAGGUAUAAACACAGGUACACACACAGGUUCACAUACACAGGUAUACCCAGAGAGUAACAACCAGUACACACAAAGGUAUACGCAGAGGUUUACACAAAGAUUUAAACACAGGUAUACACAGAGGUAUAAACACAAGUAUACACUGGUAUACACAGAGGUACACACACAGGUACACACGGUUUUUAUGAAUUUUUCUCUGUUUCUUCUGUUUUUUAAAGAAUUUUCCCCUUCGCUUUGUGUGUCUCUUUCAGAAAAGGUCAAAGGGGAGUGA